GAAUGAAUGGUGAAGGAAUGAAGGUGGGGUGGGGGUGGGGCAAAUACUGGAGAGCAUGAGUCUUAUGGAUCAGGUCUGGGGCCUCACUUUUGUUCAGGGGCGCGGGUGAGGGGACCAUUGUCAUUGUUAUAUAAGUGUCCCCAGGCCUCCCUGCAGUGGCUCGAGUGGUGGAGGUGGAUGGGGAGAGGGGAAGGGGAGGCUUCUCUCUUGGUCAGGUAAAUGGGCACCAGCCGCUAUGGGCACAGAGGCCAUAGGAGGAACUCAGGAGGGGCUCCACUGCUGGUUACAGUUCAGCAAGCCCCUCCGCCAGGUUCUCAGAGCUCUCACCUGCCUCCUCUCCCUCCUCCCCAGUCAGCUCAGGCCCCAGUGAGGGCCACAUUCUCACAAAGGCCGUCCUGCUGGCCUGUGGACACACUCACAGGGCAGCAAUGCCCCCAAUACCCACUGAUCACCAUGGUCAGGCUGGGGAUGGAUGGUGGGAACCUGCCCCAGGGUCCAUUGGAGGUGUUGGGCUGAGCUGGGGACCAUGGUAGACCCUACUGGUCACUCUGUGUCCUCUGGGCCUGCGGAGGUUAGCUGGGCAGUAGCUCAGCCUCUCACAGCUUCUCCUUCGGGCUGGACAAGGAGGGGGCCCAGGGUCCACUCAGGGCCCCAGUCUGGGGUCUCCCUGGAGGCUCCUGGUAACAAACGGCCCCUCCCCUUCUGGGUGCUGGUAUCCAUGGCAACACUGUAGAGCCUUUCUCUCCCCAGGCCUGCUUGGAUUUCAGGCCUCAGGUGAGUGUUGGCGGGAGGGCCUUGGGUCUGAGGGGGACAGGGACAUCACCGGCAAAGGACUAGCACCUUUGGGGACACUUGCACUAGGCUGGGGGGCAGGACUACAGCUCCUGGAGGGCAAGGGUGACGGGGGAUAUGACAGGGAAUGUGUGAACACCCAAGUGACAUGGUGCCAGGGGUGGGGUGACCUGCUGCCCUGGCCUGGUCAGAAACACGCAGGUGUGGACACCCACGUGACUGGCAGUGUGCUGUCCUGUGGGGCAGACACACACACACACACCCCUUCUUGGAGAGUGACGCUCUGUGAACCAGCGGUGCCAUCUUGGGGCUGCCGUACACACGCACGUGCGCUGGCCAUGUAAGGAGAGCCCUGCAGGGGUGCCCACACACGGGACCCAGGGCAGCCCUACCAUCCCUCCUCUCAGCUCCCUCAACAACAACAAGAAUGGCCCCUGAGUCUUGUCAGGAGGCUGAAGAUGCCGAGGAAGAGGCUUUCCCAUCCCUGGUGGACCGAGAACUGGUCAGCGGCCACGUGGGGCCUCCAGCCAGCGCCUCUGCCGACGCUGGGGCUCCCGCGUGCCCUCAGGACACCAAGCCCAGCUCCACCAGGAUGGUCUCCUCUGUCAACCCGCAGUCUGCCCCGGAGUCCCUGGACCCCCGCAUCCUGCGGCUGCUGUGGAGGCAGCGAGAACUGGAGAUCCAGGCCCUGCGGUGGGCGAUCGAGAACCACCGGGAGGCCCGACACUGCCGUAUCCUGCAGGAAGUGGCUGGGCUUCCAGCCGAGAGGAGCUCGCACAGUCGGAAGCUCUUGCAAAACCAGGUCCGAAAGCUGACUCUGGAGUUGGAAGAGCAGAAAGAACAGGCCCAGCUGGAGAAGGCACACCUGGAGGAGCGGCUGCUGCAGACCGGAGACACCCUGCGGCAGCUGGAGGCCGAGCUGCAGGCCUUGCAGAAGUCCUGCCUCCUGCAGCUGGCCCGCUCCUCCUGGGUGGGCCGCAUGCUGCGGUCCUCCGUGGGCAGCGUGGAGGUGGUGAUGGCAGAGACCCUGAUGGACCCCAGUGACCUCUCUGAGAACGAUCGGUCCCCCACUGCUGGGGAGGGUUUCCAGCUGGAGGAUGUGGACUGGAACAGCAUCGCCCACCGGUACCCCAACCUCUUCACCAACCUCGAGUCCAGCUCAGAUCAAAAGCUCCCCCGGGCCCCGCCACUCCCGGAGCUCCCACCGGCCACACAGCCUGAGCGGCGGAACUCAGGGCUGUGCUGCCGGCAGAGGAGGCAUCGUCUCAAGAGCGUCGAGUGGCGCUGCCCGCCCCUGGGGGGCAGCAGCAGCUCCAGGGGCGCCGACUCCGAGGCCAGCGGCUGCCUGCUGACUGCACGUUAUCUCGUGCUGAAAGUGACAGGGGACCCUCCCCAGGCGCCAGGCCACACUGCUGAGCAGACAGAGGCACAGGCACAGAACCUCUGUGGGGACAGUCGAGCGACGUCAGAAGGCCGCCCCUCCCUGGAUCUCCGGAAAACCCACUCAGACAGGCACGGCAAGAAUGGCCAGGAGCCUGAGUCCAGUGCGGACCCCCACCCGCGGCAUUCCGGGCGCUGUCCAAGCCCCACAGGCUCCUGCCUGAAGAUCACCGCGGUGAGCCGCCGCCGGAGGUUCGUGCGCAUCCUUAACCAGUCGCUGGAGGAGACGGCCGACCUGGGUGGCUUCGUGCUGCAGCAGCUGGUGCGCGACUUCCCUGUGUGCAUGUACCGCUUCCCGCCCAGCACGCUGCUGGAGCCAAGGCACCACAUCACGGUGUGGGGCGAGGCGCCCGGCAGCACCAAGCGGCAGCCACCCUCCUCCUUGGGCCAGGAGCCCGUCCACUUGCACUCCAGCCGGGGCUGCGUGACCCUCCUCCUGAACCCCCAAGGCGAGGUCCUCAGCGAGCACCAGGCCGCGCACUGCGUGACCCUCGUGUGCAGGAUCUUUGCCGACAACACCGACUUGUCCAUCGACCGUUUCCCGCUCUCAGAGGCCCGGCCCGGUGCCGACCUCGCGGAACAGCAGCCCCUGCCUCGACCCCCGCGCAAGGGUCGGGUGCAGGAGGCCCGGGCCGGGCGCCGGAGGCCGGGGACGCGGGUCCAGUUGCCCCGCCUGAGCACCAGAAAGCUCCAACGCCAGCGAGAGGAGCCAGCGCGGCCCGAGGGCGCCGCCGAGACCCUCCCAGAGCUCCUGCCCGCCAGCCGCAUCCCCAUCCCUGAGGCCGGGCUGCGCGUCGAGGACUGCCAGGCUAGGAAGGAACACAAGCUCCGGGUGCGCCGGAAGAGCGUGGACCGCGGCUGUCCGAUGGUGGCGCUGUCGGUGCAGAGCACGGCCGAGAGCAGGUUCGGCUUCCGCUUCCUCAGCUGCCCGCCCAUCACCGCGGACUCGCGCUGGCAGGUGUAGGGCCAGGCAAGGGCGGCGGCACCGUCGCCUGUGCUCCCGCGUCUCCACGACUGUGGCUGCGGGGCGGGGCGGGGAGAAAGCGCCGGAGGCAGGCGGUGCCAGCUGUAUAGUUUAUUGAACCAACGCCGCCUACCAAGUAAACCGCGUUUC